AUUUGGAAUCUGUGCGACAAACUCGCGGUCACACUGCCGCCGCACGUGUAGAUUGUUUUCUUUUGUAAAUUUAGCAGAUUUCUAAUUAAUUUAAGCAUGUCCGACUUUGAAAUGGAAGAAAGUGGCUCGGAAUACGACGACAUGUCCGACGCUGAGCUGCAAGACGCAUUCGAGCGUGGCGAACUCAAACCCGGCCUCAAUGUGGUCUUCAAUGAAAAACGCGACCGAGUUAAUGAUACUACAAAGCUUCUGGCCAAAACAAAGGCCAUUCAGAUGUCGCUGCCGUGGGUGGAGCGUCUGGAUAUGGUCAACACACUGGCGCCCAUGGCCCCAGAGCUGGCCGUACAGCUGGAGAAGCACGAACAGAAGCGCGCCAAUGUGUUCAAAGGCAACGCCAAGCUGCCAUACGUGCGGCCCGAAGAGGAUCCCGUGCUUAACGAUUUCAAGCGCGAGAUGCUGUUCCAUCGGCAGGCACAGAGCGCCGUGCUGGAGGGUAUACCGAUGCUGCAGCAGCUGGGCAUCAAGACACGCCGUCCGGAUGAUUACUUUGCUGAAAUGGCCAAGAGCGACGAGCACAUGCAAAAGGUGCGAUCCAAUCUGAUGGCCAAGCAGCAGGGCCAGGCCAAGUCGGAGCGCAUCAAGCAGAUCAGAGAGCAGCGCAAGAUGGGCAAGAUGCUGGCCAAGCAGACCAAGGUGCAGCGCGAGGCCGAGAAGAAGGAUAUGUUGGACAAGCUGAAAAAGUUCCGCAAGGGCAAGCUGAAGAACCUGGACUUCCUCGAGGACGCCAAAGCGCUGGAGUCCAAGCAGAAGAAGACUGCCGAAAACCGCAAGGCGCGCAACAAGAAGUUUGGCUUUGGUGGCAAGAAGAAGGGUCUCAAGCGCAACACAAAGUCCUCGUCGGCUGGCUUGGACGCAGAGAAGUCCACACGCCGACAGCGGGGCGCCAAGGCUGGAGCAUCGGUCAACAAGCGGAUGGGCAAAUCGAGACGCAUCAAGGCCAAGGGCAGAAAAUAACCUCCCCGCCUACGAUUAGCUGACCAAACUUAGAUUUACCUGCCUUCCCAGAUCGUGUAUAGAUUUAUUAUAACUAAAUACAUACAAUUUAUGUGCUCUUAAAUAGAUUCUAUUUAACCUA